AUGCUCGAUCUUUCCAAUAAUGAACCCCAGGUAAUUCCUGAUUCAAUAGCUAGAUUAGAGAAGCUUGAAGAGAUAAAUUUGUCUUCGAAUCUUCUGGAGGCACUGCCAUACUCAAUCGAGAUGUUGCAGAAUUUGAGUUGGUCAAUCUGGAUAGCGGCUGAGGAUGGGGGCGCAGGUGCUGGGUUUCGGGUUGGAGUUGGUGAUGGAUGA